AGUGUUGUAGCUUCGAAGAAAGACCGACCAGAUUGAUCGAGGAGAGUUUUAUCUAUGAUUUGACCGCCAUUUGAACUACCUAAUUGUCAGUCUGAAAACGGUCGUUGCUAUACUUACCACUAAAGGACGAUAAGAAUUUGUGAUUUCGAUUGUUGCACGAUUCUGUUUGGUUGAGUUCCGCAGACGAUGAAAUAGGUUUGAAGAAGAAUGAAGAGAAAUGAUAUGAGCUAAUUGAAGAUGGAUCCUGGAGCAACUGUAAACCGAAAGCCGAACCCUAGGGAUAAAGCAGGAUUCUUUUCUUUAGCAUCCUUAGGGUACGUUGCGCCACUGCUAUGGCAAGGUUACCGCAAAGACUUGAACGAGAACGACAUCUAUCGGGUGACCAAGGACCUCGAAUCCAAGAGGAUCACGGACAAGCUGGAGAAACACUGGGAAUUGCUGAAGUUCAAUAACAAGAAACCUUCGUUAGUUAGACUGCUUGUUAGUUGCUAUGGAAAGAGGUUCUUCAUUCUCGGGUUGAUACAACUGGUGAUGGAAUUUGCAUCGAGCAUCUUGAGGCCUCUAGCGAUAGCCAAGCUGGUAGAGUACUUCAUACCAGGACAAACGGUCAUUUCGAAGGAGGAAGCCAACUUCUACGCAAUGUUCAUACUGGGUAUAAUGGUCACUAUGUCCUUCUACGACACUCACAUACAGCUGGCGAAAUCGGUAUUAGCUCUGGAGAUGCGGAUGGCCUUCUCCUCUCUGGUUUACCGGAAGGCCCUCAAGCUGCAUCCUUCCGUCUUUUCGGAGAUGUCCACUGGAAAGAUAGUAACCCUGAUCACCAAAGACCUGCAAGCUCUCGAUUCCGCCAUUCAUUUCGCCAACGAUUGCUGGGUAGAGUCUCUGAUUGGGAUUUUCAUCGCCUACUUGAUCUACCAGAAGGUCGGAUUGGCAUCUUUGGUGAUUUUGGUGUCUCUUAUCAUAGUAUUUCCGAUACAAGGAACCUUGGGAUAUUUGGUCUUCAAAAAAAGAAAGGUUGCUAACAAAAGGUCAGAUCAGAGGAUACAAUUAACCCAGGAAAUAUUAUCUGUUAUAAGAAUAAUAAAAAUGUACACCUGGGAGAUGAUAUUCACUAACAAAUUGAUUGAUGCUCGUAAGAAAGAAGUAAACAGUAUUAGAACCCUGAUGAUAUUCAAGCAAGGAGGUAUUUUCUUGGGCGAACUCAUGGGAAAACUUGGAUAUAACUUGCUCCUCGUCGUGUAUCUACUCCUAGGUCAUUCUUUAACACCUGGAGUGGUCUACUACGUACAGUCCUCAUACCAAAAGUUGAGAUUCAUCCUUACUUACCUGAUCACCCUUUCCAUGACAGAGAUGGCCGAGCUUCUAGCAUCCUUCAACCGUAUCGAGAACCUCUUCAAAGCCGAAGAGUACCAACCCAGCCGCCAUUACAGACAGACCUAUAUAAUGACUAGGAUCUUAGUUAGGAAUGCACAUGUUAAGCUUGGAGAUCAGGAGAUCCUUAGAGAUCUUACGUUUAAUUUAGAAAAUGGGCUUAACAUCAUAGCGGGUCCUGUAGGAAGUGGCAAGAGUACCUUGGUCAAAGCACUUCUGCACGAGUACAAGCUAUCUUCCGGGACCCUUUUUGUUAAUGGUGAGAUAUCAUACGCUUCUCAGCAACCUUGGUUGUUCCCUUCUACCGUCCGCCAAAACAUUUUGUUUGGUUCGGACUACAACGAAGAAAGAUACAAGAGAGUUCUGGAGAUUUGUGCGUUGAAAUUAGACUUGAAACUAUUUCCUAACAGCGACAUGACUAUUGUCGCUGAGUCUGGUUCCAACCUGAGCAAAGGACAACAAGCCAGGGUAAACCUAGCUCGCGCUAUCUAUAAAGAAAGUGACAUCUAUGUUCUCGACGAUUGUUUCUCCGCUCUUGACGUCAACGUCCAAAAUUACAUCUUCAAGAACUGCAUCAAAGAUUUCCUGAAGAACAAACUGGUCGUAUUGGUCACCCACAACGCCUCAUUCUUGAGCAAGGCGGAUCACGUGACGAUUUUGAGUGAUGGUAAGAUGACGUAUUCUGGUAAAUUCGACGAUGUAUCCAUCAAGAACUACAUUAAUGAGCUGAAUGUGACGGAGAUGGUUGAGGAGAAGAUCGAAGCCGAGUCCAAUGGUCAAAUACUCCUCGCAAAUGGUAACGGUUGUUCCAAAACUGAUGAGAAGGGAAAGAAGAAAGUGGUGAAGACGGGAAACAUCUACAGCGAAGAUAUGAAGGUCGGUACCAUUGGUCUUGGGGUUUACAAGAGAUACAUCGCCUAUGGUAGUUAUGGUUUGUUUAUCUUCCUGUUGAUCCUUCAUAUUUCCGUGGAGAGCCUUUAUGCGACGACGGAGAAGUUGAUAAGCAAGUGGGUUAACGAACAAAAAACCAACGCUACCACUCUCUUACCUGAACAGAGUGCAACGGAAAGAGAUGCAUCUCUGGCUACAAUAACAUUUCUUUCGUUGCUUACUGGGGCAACAGUUCUAGCCAAAUUCUCGCGUUCUGUAAUCCAUUUAAUAUUUUCCACUAAGAUAUCCAGAAAUAUCCAUUCUGCUCUGGUCAGAGGUAUUGUGUACGCAAGAGUACAAUUCUUCGACAGAAACUUGAUUGGUAACAUACUCAACAGAUUUUCGAGAGAUCUUGGACAUAUCGACGAAUAUCUUCCACACGUAGUAGCAGAAGUUAUCAAGAUGACAUUUAUGGUAACUAGCACUGUAGGACUGGUAGUAACAGUCAACCUUAGGUUUUUAUACUACUCCAUAGUUCUUUUCGUGGUGAUGAUUAUGUUUGCUUUGUUCUUUAUGCCUUCAGCGAGGAGUUUGAAGAGAUUAGAAGCUGUUUCUCGAAGUCCAAUGAUAGGUCACUUGAACUCAACGAUAGAAGGACUUAUCACAGUGCGCGCAUUCAAGAAGCAAGAGAUUCUAAGAUGUGAGUUCGACGCACAUCAAAACUACCACAUAUCUGCCCAAUUUAUAGGAAUGGUUACUUGGAAACUGCUCCAGUUGUACUGUCACAUGAUAUGCGCUGUUUACGUGGGUGCUAUUUUGCUGACCUUCAUGGGCUUUAAAUCAGAUUUCUUAGCUGGAGAUGUGGGUCUCUCAAUCUCAACAGCUGUUGGUCUAGGAAUGCAGCUCCAGUGGGGAAUGAGGAAUGUGAUCCAAUUAGAGAGCACCAUGACUUGUGUCGAGAGAGUCAUCGAAUACAUCGACGAGCCCCAGGAAGAAAAGAACGGAAAAAAGAUGGACGAUUGGCCCGACAAAGGUUCCGUAUCUUUCGAAAAGGUUGAUCUCAGAUACCCCCUGAACUCCAAACCAGUGUUGCAGAACAUCAAUCUUCAGAUCAAUCCCCAGGAAAAGGUGGGCAUAGUUGGUAGAACUGGAGCUGGCAAAUCCUCCAUAAUCGUUGCUCUCUUCCGUUUCUACGACGUGGACGGGGAGAUAUCCAUUGACAAAGAGAACAUCGCCAAGGUAUCCUUGGAUUCACUCAGACAGGGAAUUUCUAUAAUCCCUCAGGAACCUGUAAUCUUUUCUGGUACUAUAAGGUCCAAUGUAGACCCCACUGGUAAAUACACAGAUGAAGAGAUUUGGCAAUCGUUGGAAACUGUCAGUUUGAAGGGUGUCAUCACCAAUCUGGACACUGAGAUAGACCCAAAGGUGUGCGGGUUCAGUUUGGGCGAAAAACAGCUGAUAUCCAUAGCCAGGGCCGUGAUCAGGAAGAACAAGAUAGUGGUAUUGGAUGAAGCUACAGCCAACAUGGACAAAGAUACGGAGAUCAAGAUCAACACCAAGAUCAAAGAGAUAUUCAAGAACUGCACCCUUCUCAUUAUAGCUCAUAGGAUGGAGACCAUUUUAGACUGUGAUAAAGUGAUUGUGAUGGAUCAGGGCGAGGUCGUGGAGUUCGACAGCCCGCUCGAUUUAGCUAGAAGGGAAGACAGUAGGUUUUAUGAAAUAAUUAGGAAAACUGGGGCCUUGAAUACGUAUUUGCAAAGAACUAGUUGAUGGAAGGGUGUGGUCGAUCUAAUGGUCGAAUUUUUAGGAAAAAUGUUGAGUGGUUCGUGUGAGUUGUCUUUCCUUUUUGCGGAAAAUUGAAUUGUUCGAAACACUGUUGUAAAUAAUGUGAAUAGAUCUUAAUGAAAUGAAA